AUGGAGCCUCUGGCGAUAGUUGGUCUUGCAUUCAAGUUCCCUGGUGACGCUACGUCCCCAGAGGGCUUCUGGGAGGUGCUGAAUGAGAAAAGAUGUUUGGCUACUGAGUUUCCAUCGAAUCGGAUGAACAUUGAUUCUUUCUAUGAUGCAAAUAAUGAAGCUGUCGACAAGCUUCGUUUACGGAAAGCGCACUUCCUGAAAGAAGAUAUAGGAGCAUUCGACGCUCCUUUCUUUUCUGUUAGUCCGGCCGAGGCUGCCGCCAUGGAUCCCCAGCAAAGAGGUCUUCUUGAGACUUGCUAUCAUGCUUUAGAGGAUGCGGGUAUCCCGAUCGAGUCGGUCAGCGGCACUGAUACGGCAGUAUUUACUGGUUCUUUUGGAGAUGACCACAAGAUUAUAUCCCUCAAAGAUGCCGAAAGGCUAUCUCCGCAUGCAGGCAGCAGUACAACAUUUUCAAUGCUAGCAAACCGCCUGAGCUGGUGGUUCAAUCUGAAGGGACCAAGCAUGAAUAUCGAUACAGCAUGUUCCAGCAGUCUGGUGGGACUUCAUCUGGCAUGUCAGUCCCUUCGUCUGCGAGAGUCAUCAAUGGCUCUUGUAGGAGGUAGCAAUAUCAUGUCCUCAGUGGAGCAAUUUCUGCUCAUGUCAAAUCUGAAUAUGCUCUCUCCCUCCGGUUGCUGCUAUAGUUUUGAUCAUCGCGCAAAUGGAUACGCACGUGGUGAAGGUUAUGGGAUUGUUGUGGUCAAGAGACUAACAGAUGCCCUCGCGAACGGUGAUGUUAUCCGCGCUGUUAUCCGCGCGACUGGCACAAAUCAGGACGGCAAAACACCAAGCUUGACGUCCCCGAGUCAGGAGGCACAAGAAAAGCUCAUAGUUGACACUUAUCAAAGAGCUGGCCUUGACCUCAGCAGAACAGCUUUUGUGGAGGCACAUGGAACUGGAACCCCAGUGGGCGACCCGAUCGAAGCUCGGGCUUUGGGAUCAACAUUCGGUCGCACCAGGAGUGUUCAAAACCCGGUUUAUAUAGGCUCGACAAAAUCAAACAUUGGCCAUCUUGAAGGGGGCAGCGGAAUUGCUGGAUUAAUCAAGGCAGUCUUGGCAUUGGAGCGUGGAAUUAUCCCCCCCAAUGCAAACUUUGAGAAAUCGAGCAAAGAUAUUGAUGCUGGGAAACUCAAUAUCAAGUUUCCUAUUGCUCCAACUGAGUGGCCAACUCCUGGCCUACGCCGUGCGUCUAUCAACUCUUUCGGAUUCGGGGGCGCAAAUUCACAUGCUGUGCUCGAUGACGCCUGCAAUUUCCUCAGAUUGCGGGGAUUGAAAGGGUAUCACCUAUCCAUUGAUUCUGAUUUUGCUGGAAAGUUGGUUGAUUCGGACGCCGAAGAGUGGUUAGAGCGCGGAUGCAACAGUCGGCCCAAACUGCUCACGUGGUCUGCCUCUGACAACAAAGCUUGCUCCCGGCUCAUGAACUCCUAUAUUGAAAAUUUUAAGCUACUUAAUGAUUGUGAUACUGACCUAGACCGUCUUGCCUUCACAUUGGCUACUCGAAGAAGCGUGUUAUCUUCCAGAUUUUUCGUUGUUGUCAGUUCCUCCACACAACUUAUCAACCUACAAACUUUAUGUUCUGCUCCUAUUCGAUCUAGCGAAAAUCGAAACCUUGGGUUUAUCUUUACUGGUCAGGGGGCACAAUAUAGCCAGAUGGGCUUAGGACUUAUUUCGUAUCCUGUCUUCAAGAAUAGCCUGGACCGUUCAUCCCAAUACCUCCAAGAUUUAGGGUGCCAGUGGGAUCUUCUUGCUGAGAUCAGAAACCCACAAGAAAUGACCAGGAUUAAUAAACCAGAAUUCAGCCAGCCAGUCUGUACAGCUCUGCAAAUAGCUCUGGUAGAUCUUCUGAGGAGUAUGAUGGUAUUUCCGACGAUGGUAGUUGGGCAUUCAUCCGGUGAAAUUGCAGCAGCGUAUGCUGUGGCAGCGAUAGACCACCACUCGGCAAUUAAAAUCGCAUAUUUCAGAGGCCAAGUUGCGUCUGUUCUGGACGCAUCUCCUGAUGUCCGUGGUGCUAUGCUGGCCGUGGCUAUGUCCGCCGAAGAAGCAAGCAAGCGUUUGAUCGACUUUGAAGCAACACACUCGUAUUCUACGAUCGUAGUCGCCUGUAUCAACAGCCCUUCUAGUGUCACACUAUCGGGUGAUGACAACGCGAUUGAAGAUAUCAAGGCCGAGCUCGCCAAAGACGGCAUAGCAGCAACCAAGCUUCGCGUCUCCGUUGCAUAUCACUCUCCUCAUAUGCAAAGAAUCUCACAGGAGUACGAAGCCCUGAUUGGUACAAUAAACCCAGGCAAAGUUAGCGAUACCAUCGACACAGAUCGCAUGGUAUCCUCAGUGACAACAAGACACGUCACAAUGAGCCAACUUCGGAAAGCAGAAUACUGGAUACAAAAUAUGGUGUCCACUGUGAGGUUUGAUGAAGCAGUUGCAACAGCACUAUCCUCAUACGAAUCCUUUGAUGUACUCGAGGUAGGCCCGCAUUCAGCUCUACGGGGGCCUUUCGAAGAUAUUGCGUCAUCUGUCGAGAACCCUAUAUCCGUCAACUACGACUCAACUCUACGCCGAAAUUUCGACGCCACAGAAACGUUUCUAGCAGCCAUGGGUCGGCUGCACUGUCUUGGGCAUAAGGUGGACUUGCUUGCCGCAAAUGGCUUAAACUCAACAAGGAAUAUUAAGCCCUUGGCGAACCUACCGCCAUAUCCCUUCGAUCAUUCUAAAGUCUACUGGGACGAAAGCAGGCGGAGCCGCGAGUUUCGACUCAAGAAAACACCUCGUUCUACCCUAUUAGGCUCACCAAUCGCUGAGAACACGCCUCCGCAGGUGGCGAAGACAUGGCGGAAAAUCACCAGACUUCAAGAAAGUCCCUGGUUAGCCGGCCACGUUGUCAAUGGGUCAGUAAUAUAUCCAGCUGCAAGCAUGUUGUCAAUGGCUAUUGAGGCAGCAUACCAGACUGCGGGUUCAAGAAACAAGGUAUCAGCUUUCCGUAUCGAGAAUGCCGAAUUUCUCCGACCAAUCUAUGUCCCUGAACACAGUUCUGGCGUGGAGUCAUUUCUCGAGCUAAGCCCUUGGACCUCUCACGGCUCAUCUUCCGUGGCGCAUUUCACCCUCUGCACGCUCGAAGAGGAAGAUUGGGCUGAGAAUUGCCGUGGAAUCAUCGCUAUCGAAUACGAGAAGCGCUCACAAUACCCGAAUGGGUGGCACGAUGGUGAACAGCCACGAGAUGUUGAUGUUGCAGAACUUUACCGGUCAUUUGACUCCAUAGGCUUGGUGUUUGGCACCGACUUCCAGUCUUUGACCCAACUGACAAUUAGCGGCAGUAAUGAGGCACUGUCUCAGGUGCGCGUCUUUCAUUUGAUCGAGCAACAUGUGAUUCAUCCAAUCACAUUGGAUGGUAUUUUUCAAACAGUACUCGCUGCUUUGUUAGAAACGAGCACCAAUAAGGUGUCAACAGCAGUGCCAACCAUGGUUGAGGAUUUAUGGAUAGCGGCCACGAAGUGCAACUGUGGAGAGUCACCAAGUUUGCAAGUGCGGGCUAGAGUACAAGAAACCUCGGAGAACCACACGCUAUCUACAGCACAAGCCUAUGGUGAUGAUGGAGAGAUUGCUAUGUCUCUCGGUUGCCUGAGAACGACUUUCAUCGACUCCACGCCUUCCAAACAAGAAGCUGUUACAGACCACAGUUGCUAUGAGGUUACAUGGAAUCCUGAUAUCGAUCUCUUAAACGAGACAAUGCUCGCUGGACUUGCUCAAGCAGUUGACAAUACAGCACACUUUCGAGACUUGGCCAUUCUACUCCUAGGAUUUUGUAGGAAAGUCCUGAGCCGAUUCGAUCCAACAAAGACUACUCCACGGACGCUUUAUCUAGAGAACUAUAUCAGAUGGAUGCGGGAGUGUGUUUCCGGUUUGAAUCCAGAUCUCCUGUCAUUGACGAAUGGUCAUGAUGGCAUGAUAUCCGUCGAUGAUCUAUCACACAAGGUUUCUGCGGCAAGCUCUCAUGGUGUUGGACUUGUAGAAAUCGGACGAAAUCUUCUUGAGAUCCUUCACGGAGAGUUAAGCCCGUUGGAGGUCAUAUUCAAAUCCGGUUUCGAAGAACGCUAUUACACCGAGAUGAACAUCCGGACGGAGCCAGCCCUCAGCCACGUAGUGGAAUUGCUUGCUUUCAAGCACCCCGGCAUGCGGGUGCUUGAGAUUGGCGCAGGGACGGGAUCGAGUACCGACGUUGUGCUCAAACAUGCCAAUAUCAUAGACAGCAAUAACAUCGCCUCUGGAGCCAUUUCAGUCUAUCACUUUACUGAUAUAUCCCCCGCCUUCUUCUCUGCCGCGAAAACCAAGUUCGCAGCAUAUGAAGGAUUAAUGCGCUUCUCUACUCUCGACAUUUCUAAAGAUCCACUGAAACAAGGCUUCAAGAGUGGCGACUACGACCUCAUCGUCGCCGCGAAUGUCCUUCAUGCUACUCCAAAUCUGAACACCACACUCACCAAUGUUCAGCGACUAUUGAGACCAGGUGGUAAGCUUGUCAUGCUAGAAGUCACCGAGAAUCAAUGGAUUGCUCAGGCCAUCUUCGGGACGUUGCCGGGCUGGUGGCUCAGGAAUGACGAGUAUCGUACAUGUGGACCUUGUAUUUCGACCACGACCUGGGACAAAGCCUUGAAGGGUAACGGGUUUUCAGGCUUGGAUACGGUGAUUCAUGACUCGAAUGAUCAAGCGAACCGUAUCUGCAGCACUCUGGUUACGACUGCUGUUCAGCCUUCGUCAAAGCACCGCAGGCUGCUUGACUUUGUCAUACUCACAGAUAAACAGCAUUUGAGGGUGGCCGAAAAAGUCAAAAGCUCUCUAUUGAGUAGAAUCAAAGCAUCAAUCAAGGUUCUGUCGAUUUUGCAGACGCAGAACUAUGAUUUCUCAGGAAAAUUCUGCAUUAGCCUUUUGGAGCUUACACGACCUGUCCUGGAAUCUAUGACAAACGAGGAUUUUACCACCCUUCGUAGUUUACUUUCGAGCGCCUCAAGCGUGCUUUGGGUGCGUGACAGAAAGGAUAUCAGUCCAGAUCACCACCUGAUCGACGGAGUAUUUCGAGUACUACGCUUGGAGAAUCCUGACCCUGCCUAUAUUACUCUAACGACUUCUAAUGCCGAUGAUAUCACCGCCCAUCUCAUCCGUUUGACCGAGAAUAUGCUGCGUGCAUCUUUGAAUGCUUCAAAGAAUGAUACAGAAUAUAUCGUAGAGGGCAACCAACUUUCUAUCAGCCGGUCCGUGCCCUCCGUACGCAUCAAUCAAUAUGUCCAAGACGGCAGGUUUAACUCUAGACUCGACCCAGACGCUACUUAUGCCAUUUCUGGAGGGUUUGGCGGCAUUGCCUUGAGAAUCUGCAGGUGGCUGGUGCAGCAGGGAGCAAGAAAUCUUCUUCUGCUCUCUCGGUCGGGCCCAAAAUCUGCUGCUGCAAAAAAGUUGCUUGCAGAGCUGGCCAGUCAAAAUAUCAGGGUUGAGUCUCCCGCAUGUGACAUUACGUCGAUUGCAACCCUUGAAAGAACCCUGAGCAUUUCCAAACUACCUCCGAUCAAGGGUUGCAUUCAAGGCGCGCUGGUACUUCAGGACGCUCUUUUUGAAUUUAUGACUCAUGACCAGUGGCAAGCAGCAAUCCGUCCGCGAGUGGCAGGGACGCGGAACUUGUAUGAUUUGAUGCCGGACCUAUCCUUCUUCGUUCUCAUGUCUUCUGCUGUGGGCGUGCUUGGAAAUCGUGGGCAAGGAAACUACGCCGCUUCCAAUGCCUACCUCGAUGCCUUUGCACAUUACAACAAGCGACCAGCUACGCGAGUGGUUUCUAUAGACGUGGGAUGGGUCGACUUUGCUGGCACGGCUGCCGAAUCAGAGGAUCUUAGACGUCAUCUAGCAAGCUUGGGAUGCCUCGCACCCAUGUCGGAAGCUGAGAUGUUGAGUAUCCUAGACUAUGUUUGUCAGUCAGCCCCUGAGGGCAACGAAAUACCUGCUCAAAUCAUCACCGGUAUCAAGUUGGCGAACCCAACUGAUCCUUUAGCGCCACGUCCGUUGGAUCAGCCUCUUUGGCGAGCUGCAAAAGUCUUUAGCGAGAAUACUAUGAGCCAGGUGAUUGACCGCGACGCUCGUUUGCUUAAGCCCGAGAAAGUCCCCGUAGCUACACAGCUCAAAGAAGCAACAUCAGAAGCUAGUACCGGGGCGAUCAUUUCCCAAGCAUUCGUGUCCAAGUUGGCAGACAACCUGGGGCUGGAGGAAGAAGCCAUCUACUUAGAUAAACCACUUUAUGAAAUUGGUGUUGACUCCUUGAUUGCAGUACAGCUGCGAGGCUGGUUCUGGAAUGAGCUGGGAGUUAAUGUGACGGUGUUCGAUAUGAUGAGCAAGCAGAGCUUGAGGAGUAUCAUAGAGAAAGUAGUUCUUCAGUUUACUUCUAGAGCUGAGGGUGAACGGAGCUAA